AUGGAGAAAUUCACUGACAAGCUGAACAAGGACCUUGGAUCCACAGCUCCUGAAACACCACAGGCUGAAGAACAGAGUCCUGCACCUGCUGUGGAAUGUGCUGCAGGAAUGAGUAGAGCAGGACCCCAAAAAGAGGACGUGAAGAGCCUGGGAUUCACUGAAGAAUGUGUUAAAGAACUGGAGAGACCUUCAGGCACGGAGCAAGACAGUCCUGAUGCCUCUGAACCAGCAGUUUUGGAAGGAGACUGUCCCAGCUCAGUGUCUCUUGUGCUAACAAACAGAAACUAUCCUGAAGGACAUGGUUUGAACCACCAGUGUUCAACCACAUCUAUUGACCUGGACUGCCUGGUUUGCUUUAACAAGUACAACAUGUACAGAGUGCCCAAGCUCCUGGACUGCCAGCAUGCCUUCUGUGCGGUGUGCCUCAAGCUGAUCCUCAGGAAAGAUGGGAAUGCCUGGAUGAUCACCUGUCCCCUGUGCCGAAAAGCCACUUGUGUGUCAGGAGGACUCAUUCGCACACUUCAGAACAAAGAAGACAUCAUGGAGCUCUUGGAAACCCAAAGUUCACAUCCUGAGGUGCAUGUUCCUGCCAUAGGGCUAGACAGCAAUAGCUGGACUUGGACCAGCCAAGACUUGCUCUACAGAGAUGAAAGCGUUCCAGCAGACAACAGGUUGGCUGUGCAGAGACUUGUGCUGCUCCUGCUGCUGGGGGUGAUCCUCACCAUCCUCAUCCUCCCCUUUAUAUACUCUGGGCUGAUAAAAUGGGUGGUUUGUCUCAUGCUUGCUUUGGGGGUGGUCAUCUCUGUGGUACUUUGCUGCACUCCUAAAUUCUACUGGAGGUCUAACAGGGACUUGCUCACCUCCUGCCACAAAGAGACACACAUCACUGCUAUAGCGUGA